AUGGCAUGUCGAUUUAUCAUCCCAAUGCUGUUCAUCACCAACAUGAAUCAGGCCCCCACAACAGAGAGAUCUCACUAUGGCACAUGUGAUGUAUCGCAGUUACUCACACUCACCAGCGCAUUCCCUGUACCACAUGUCGAUUUAAUUCCAAAAUUGGUCUGGCCCGGGUCCGAAGUUCUACUACUUCAUGGUUCCAGAGACACGACACCAGAAGCCGAACGCAGCUGGGAGAUUUGGCAAACAUUUGUCUCAGCAUUGAUACCACCCUUCUACAACAGCAAUGGCGUGAUACUGCAUGUUACCUCUAUGGCACCGUUCUGA